AAACUAUGGCAACAAUAAACACAACACAUUUGACAAACACUAACACUUACACAUUUACACAAAUCCUUCAAAAUAUUAACAAUGACACCCUUGCUCUCUUAAAGUGUUAAAAUACAUUUCAAAUUCAAUAUGGAGAAGAAAGGGGAUGAUUUGUGUCAAAGAAAAACUGGUAGAUCACAUUUGUUGAACAGAAGGAGCAAUCUUCAAUCUACACAGAGUCAACGGUCAACGGGUUCAAGGGUAUUGUUCCCUUAUGGAACGGAAAACUCAAUCAACUCUUCCAUCCUUGAUGGGCUCACGUCCAUUCAGAGCUAUGCAUCCCAGCCAUCGACAUCUAAAUCACCAUCGCACAUUCCUGUUUAUUCCAACUCAAGCCGCAGCACCAACAGUGGAAUCGGCGACCGAAAAGAGUCAAACGAAAGAUGUGAAUUAGGCUCUUCUAAGCACACAUUAUCUUCCCUACCAAUCGGACAUUCAUCAUUGUCUUCAUUAGAAAAUAAAAAACAGAUGAAUGAUGAACCAAUGACUGAAGUUUGCCCAAAAGCAGCAGAAACGAUCGAUGGGACAAGAAAAGAACUGAAAGAGUUAAAACAAAUCAUACUAUCACACAAUAACAUAAACCACUGUCGGAUGCAAGAACUAAUAUCUCUAAUGGAAGUGGUCGUCCAAAAGGCUCAUGAAGUGCAUAGUUCUAACGUUAAGCUGAAGGAACAGUCAAUAAUCCCGUUGAAUGCUGGAAAGGAUUUGGACAGUCAUCAAGAUUCUAUUGUAAUGAUCGAGCAACAAUCUAUGAAACCCUUGGCUGAAAAACUAUUGAAGGAACAUGAAGAAGCUCAAAAGAAGUUAAAACACACCCUCAGACUUGUACAAUCUCCUCCCCUUUACUCCUGCGAUGAAUCGGUAAACUCAAGUGAAAUGGAUUGUGACAUUCUGACUUACAAUAAUAGCAAUUGUGAUGAUAAUUUUGAUAAUAUGUCGGAUAAUGAUAUGAAUGAACAAUUGCAAGAUUCAUACAGUUCUACCUGUACAGACGAUCAGCAAUUUUCAAGAGAACACCCAAAUUACAUAAAUAACCAGGUAGAGGUUGUGAGCAUGUAUUCCAUAUGCGAUCGGCCAUCGAAUGUUGGGAUGAGUGAUCAGCAAGUAGUUGUAAAUGAUUCUGCCCGUAAUAAGACAAACAAGAUGGGCAAAAAUAAAGUAUACAAUGAUUUCUUGGCAUACAAAACAGGCUUACAACAAGAAUCUAAGAAAGAAAAAAGAAUAAAUAAACCAACAGCAGGUCGUAAGACCGAACAACAACAGCAGGUCAUGGACGAAUCGCAGAAAGUAAUAACCAUGGGUGAUAAAAUGUCUUCAGGACGAAUGCCUAGAGCAGUGCCUCAGAAACGUGCUAUUGGAGUGAGAGACGGAAAAAGUCAGAAACAGAAAAAAGGUUGCGACUCACCACCAUCAUCUCCUAGAGGCAUGAAACAAGCUCCUGUGAAGCAGUCUAAAGGGAAAAAUAAGCCAACUAACGUUGACCAAACGAUUUUACCACAACUGCCAACAAUAUGCGAGGAUGGCCAAGAAAUGUAUUACGACCAACAGGCCAUAUACGCAAACAAUUUACCUUCACAACAGAUGAUGUUCAGGGGUGGAAAACAAAAAGCUAGAAAAGACUUACCUGCACAGCAGAUGAUGUUUACUGAUGGACAAAAAAUUCAAACCGACAUGUCUUCGCAACAGAUGAUUUUUGUUGGUCAUAAAGUACAGAGUGAGCCUAUAUGUCCUGAAACGAAACGGAGGCCUUCUAGAAAUAUAACGAAGAUAACUUCCAAAUCGAUGUCUUCGCAACAGAUGAUUUUUGUUGAUCAGAAAGUACAGAGUGAGAAACCGAAACCACCUCUACCUGGAAAGCCGAAGGCAGUGCCACCUCCUCCUAAGGUAAAAGAACCAAGAUCAUGUUCUCCUGCAAUUAAAGAAACGGUACAAAAACCAAGAUCAUGCUCACCAAAAAUAAAAGAAAUGACACCACAACCACGAGUGUGUUCACCUUCAAUAAAAGAAUCGGUACAUUCACCACGGCUAUCUCCACCUAAAUUCCAAGAACCAAAGGCUUCAUCAGGCCAGCAGUUGAUAUCAAUAAAAUCGGAAUAUAAACCACGAUCACCUUCUCCAGCAGUGAGGACUGAGGUGGGCACUUCAAACCAGUUUAUAUCAGUACCGGGAAUUGGACGUCGGUCGCGUUCGCCUUCAGUAAAACAACCGGGUUUUGCUUCAAACCAGUUCAUAACGAUGAAACCGUUCCCUCCAAAGUUAGCAGUUGGCAAGAAUGGAAAACAAAAAAUUCCAAAUGACUCUUCUUCACAGCAGAAGAUUUUUACACCACGAAAUGAUAAUUCACAGCAGUUGGUGUUAACUGGAGGACAACAAAAAAUUCAAAAUGAUUUAUCACAGCAGAUGAUUUUCAGAGGUGGACAACAAAUUCGAAGUGGCGCACGAUCACCACAUUCCUCUUCACCCAAAAGGAAAGAGCAGGCAAGGAGCCAGCGAGUUUCACCAGAAAAAUAUGACACUGCACAUGGACAAAAUCAAACGAUAAACGUGGAACCGGUGACAUCACCAUCAAGUCAGCGUCUAUUGAGAGAUUCGGUGGCUUCUCUAGUAGAAAGCCAGCGGCAUGUAGUAGGAUCGAUAACAAAUAUGGAGUCAAGUCAACGAGUGAUGUCAGAUCCGUUGGCAUUUAUUCGUGGUCAUUCUCCACAUUUUGGAUCGAUUUCAUCUGUGACAAGCCCUCACCUCAGGGACGAUUCACUGUCUCAGCUGUCAUUUCUAAAUGAAUUACUUGAUCCAAAGAUGUCAAGUCAAUUUGUUACAACAGAUUUGCCGACUCAUAGGUCAGAUCAAAGAGUGAUCUCAAAGAGAGAAUCAUUUGGGUCAAGUCAGUUCGUUACGACAGAUUCACCAACUCAUAUGUCAGAUCAAAGAGUGAUCUCAAAGAGAGAAUCAUUUGGGUCAAGUCAGUUCGUUACUGCAGAUUCACCAACUCAUAUGUCAGAUCAAAGAGUGAUCUCAAAGAGAGAAUCAUUUGGGUCAAGUCAGUUCGUUACGACAGAUUCACCAACUCAUAUGUCAGAUCAAAGAGUGAUCUCAAAGAGAGAAUCAUUUGGGUCAAGUCAGUUCGGCACAACAGAUUCGCCAACUCAUAGGUUGGAUCAACGAGUGGUGAGAGAAUCACUUGGAUCCCAGGUGUCACAGCUUUUAAUAACAAAAGAUUCGCCAUCACAGGUGUCAGGUCAUCUACUGAAAGAAUCACUAGCUCAAGUGUCAGAUCACCAAAUUGGAAAAGCAGCGCUUUCAUCUCAGGUGUCUUUUCCUCAUUUGUCAAAACCAUCGCUUCACUCUGAAUCAUCAAUUCCUGUUGACAGAAAAGAAGAUCAUCCUAUCCCACAAGAAUCGGUUCAUCAUAUCCCCAAAGAAUCAUUUGGAUCUCAAGAUCAAAUACCAAAAAGACCGUUUGACUCUGUAGAGUGCAAUACCUUAAAUGAAUCGUUUGACACUUACGACCGUCAAGUCCCAAAGGAAUCAUUUGCAUCCCAAGUACCAUACUAUCAUACAAAUAAAGACUCAGAUGCAGCGGAAGAUACUUAUAGAACACCAAUAGGACUGGGUGCAAUUUCGCCAAAACUUAGUCAAACACCAGCAGAAUCGAUUGCAAUUAAGCCAAAACUUAGUCGAACACCAGCAGAACCAGCUGCAUUUACACCAAAAUAUAGUCUAACAACUGGAGAUUCGUCUGCAUGCGAUUCAAGAUAUAGUCGAACCAUAGGGGAAUCGUCUACACCUGGUCCAAAGCAUAGUCGAAGCCCAGCAGAUUUGGUGAUAUAUGAUCCAAUGCAUAGUCAAAUCCCAGUGGAGUCUUUUACAUAUGGUCCAAAGCAUAGUCGAACCCCAGGGGAAUCGUCUACAUAUGGUCCAAAGCAUAGUCGAAGCCCAGCAGAUUUGGUGAUAUAUGAUCCAAUGCAUAGUCAAAUCCCAGUGGAGUCUUUUACAUAUGGUCCAAAGCAAAGUCGUUCCCCAGGGGAAUUGUCUUUACGUGAUCGAAAGCAUAGUCGAACGCCAGGGGAAUUGUCUAUUCAUCAUCCAAAGCAUAGUCGAACCUCAGGGGAAUUGUUUACAUAUGGUCCAAAGCAUAGUCGUUCCCCAGGGGAAUUGUCUUUACGCGAUCGAAAGCGUAGUCGAACGCCAGGGGAAUUGUCUAUUCAUCAUCCAAAGCAUAGUCGAACCCAAGGGGAAUUGGCUGAAUAUAGACCAAAACAUAGUCAAACAUCAGUAGAAGGGCAAAGAUUUGAGCCAAUAUCAAGACAAACACCAGCCGAAUUGUUGAAAUCUCAAGCAUCAAGUCAACGUCUAGUAAAAGAAUCGAUGGCUUCACUGGCAUCAAGUCAGCGACUGUUGAACGAUUCGGUGUAUAAUCAAAAUGUUUAUGUGCCGACGAAAACUUCUCCACAUGAAUCCUCCCCUCAAAGGGUCAUAGUUCCAUCUGCCAAGGCCAAAGACAAAACCUCCCCUCGCAAGUCGCCAAAAUUCCGGUCACGGUCCCUGCCCUCGGGCCAGUCAGAUCGGUCUUCAAGGGGGAUAAAAUCAGUAUUCGGAGGAAGGUCUCAUUCUGCCGGGAAGGAGGGCCGAAGAUCCUGGUCGCCCCCGCCGAUCCCAGAAGUCUCGGAGAGCCUGGAAGAGGGGGCUAACAUUACAAGAGGGUUGUUUGCCACCAAACCUGGAGACAUGGACAAUCAGCACAUAUCAGUUGCGCCGAAGUUUCAGUUUGAGGAUGUAAUAAAUGGCUCAGGGCAGAAUAUUAUGGCUCCACAUAGGCCAUUCCCUGUGGAUUCAGCAACAUCUGAAGCGAGUGACCAAACAGCACUGUUUGGAUCACAAUACAUCACCCCUCAGGAUGUAGAGUCAAAUCAGACCAUCAGCUACAAUGCGGGGCAACAGAUGAUAGUAAAAUCUAUCUCCUCAUCUCCAGACAUAAAUGGACAUAAGAAAAAAUCACCGUCUGUUAAAGUUUCACGAGUCGGCCAGUACCUGAACACUUCUAAGCAGAAACAAAAGAAGAAAAAUAAACUAACCAAUCACAAAAUGUUCGAAGAUAGUUUCGAGGGUUUGAAUGACGCCAAGGAAGAGAGUUCACAACAAAUCACACAUAUUAGCUUGGCAGAAACUGGUUGUCAGCACAACAUGAUUCUGAUUGCUGAUGGAUUGUCUAUGCAGACUGGUAUGCUUCAAGUUGCAGCUCGCCGAGUCGUUGUUGUUGAUGAGGAUUUGAGCUUCUUUCAAGGCACACUUAUGGAUUCGGCAUUUGAAAUUAGUAAUGCCAUUACUGCUGGAGCUGAUGCUUACAUCAGGAGUGAAUCACUCGUUGGUAAUGGAACUCAAUUAGUGAGUGUUGUUGAUCUACAAGAUGGCAAUUGCUACAUCAAAAAGCAAGGAAUCUUACAGCCUGAUAUGGAGUACCCUCAAGAAGAAGACAAGCUAGUGAACAUGGAAUCAGAUCUGCGGCCGACAUUUUAUGACCUGGUUAAAAUGGGAUAUCAAGAAUUUUCAAAAGGUGAUUACGGCCAGAACAAAGCUUUACUAAUAAAUUCACCAAAUUUGACUGAAAUUAUUUCUGGGUAUGAAGUGAAAAACAUUGAACUGGAGAGAUCAUCAAGUCAUCAACAGUUUCCUCCUUUUGGGUCUGAAGGAGACACUAAUCCAAAUGAUUUUGAACAUUACAAUAACGGCGAACUACUGAAUCAACUUAACAUUUUGCCAUAUGAUCAUGAGGACACAGUUAAUGCAGGUGAUUUCUACUACGUCGACCCUGAAUCGGCAGAUGAAAAGCCACCUCUGGGGGAGUUUUCAGGCCAAAUCGACAAAGCUCCGAAAAAAUCUGCAAACCACAGGGAGGCUGUUGGGCAGGUUGAUCAUAAGGUCAAGAAAAGCAGCAAAAUCUACAGCAAUUCGCAGCAAGUAAUAAUCAGACCAGCGGAUUCACAGCAAAUGAUUAUUAGACAAGAGCCUAAGAGUUCAUUCAGGGAUACAAGUUCUCAGCAUAUUAUAAAUUCGCCUAAAAUAAGCGUGUCUGGUGUGGCCAGCAGAAUAUCUCAACUUGAUGAAUUGUCUAGCUGUUCAAGUGAAACACAACAGUUAAGCUAUUGUUCUUCAACCAGUGGAAGUGUCCAGCUAAUCCAGACUGAGAGACGAACGCCAGAGAUAGAAGUUCCCUUGCCAGUUGAGGCAGCUGAGCAAUUUGACAGCAAUGAUAGUGAUGAAGAAGAAUAUUACGUCUCAGCUACUGAUGAUGUGUUACCACAGAAUGAGCCAGAAGAGACACUACCAGAUGAAGAUAGCAUUGACAGUUUCAACUUAAUGGAUGAAGAGAAGGAAGCUUCCCCUCCAGAAACAGCUUUCGAGGUGGAGCGAGGAACUAACGUUAUGGCUCCUAUCACAUCUGAGGAAUCAUUACCCGAUGUAGUACAUGAUAAAUCUGUCCAAGGUGAGCCUAUAUUGGGGUCUUCCUCAUCAGAAACAAAUAUCAGAGAUCAUGAUUCACAGCAAAUGAUUGCAGAAAUAUCGAAAUCGUCACAAAACUUAAUUAUUCUCAAUAAUGCAAGCCCCAGAACUUAUCAUGUUAAUCAACUGCGAAAGAUUUCUCGACAUCAACCUAAAGAGUACAGGUUCAAGAUUGUAAAAAAAUAAAACG